AUACAAUGCGCCAUUCAUAUUGUCAAGGGCCGCUGGGGACGUGACGACCGAAAACAACAUGAGAAAGUGUUUUUCAUGAGAGUAGCCUCACUGUUGAGAGUGCAUUUGACCGGUUAUUAACGCACAAUUCUUUUGAACCCUUUUUUGAACCCCUCUGUGCUGCGGGGCGGAGCAAGAAAACAGAGAAAAGAAAGCGAAACUUAAACCUCCGUCCGGAGUCCGGAGCGAAAACAAAAGAUUUUCCUCUUGCUUUCUCAACUCAGUUGGACAAGUUUCAUCACCAAAGCUUACGAUCAGCAUCAGUAGACUACUCUGAAAUACUACAAUGGACACCAGGGAACAAUUACAGGAGCUCCUGUCGGAGUAUGUAGAGGACACACUCAACCACAUUCAGACCGUGAGGGACUUCUGUGACAAACAACAAAAAUGGACCCUUCAGAGAGAGACAGAGCUGGAGAAGAUGAGAGACAUCAAGGACCAAGCAGAUAAAGUCAGUCUUAAGUUUGACCAUGUUCAGCGCUCAGAGAACAAAACCAAGGCUUUUGGGGAGUACUUGUGGAGUGGUUUAACUCAGAUCAAGGCUGACUCCAGACUCCAGGAGCUGGAGAAGGAACUGGGUGCUGUCCUGAAGGACACACUUGAUGGUUUGGAGAAACUUGACCACUUCCUGGAUGCAGUGGAGAAGCUCACAGUCACCUCACUAUUUGUCUUCACUGGCCGGAGCUUCUUGCCAAAGGGUGAGAGUCCUGAAAGUGUGAGAUCAGUCAUCACAGCUGCCAGAAUGGCCUCUCCUCUCCUUAUCCACUUUAAACGAAAUGCAGAAACCUUCUUCCUUCCUUCACUCAACAACUUGGACGUCCUAGCCUUUCAGUUAGACAAAUAUAUACGUAUCACAGAAAAGAUCUGCGAGAGAAUGGAGAAAAAAUCCAAGAGUUUUUUGUGGACUGGCGAUACUUCUAGUAAGAAGGCUCAACCUGUGAAGUUCAGCUUGAACUUAAGUGAGGACUCCAUGGAAAAAAUGCUUGAUCAUUUGAAGCAGUUGUGCAAAAUAAGGGUGGACCACAACACAAAGCUGGCCUUCAUUUUUCAGGACCACGCUCUGCACUUCAUUGGUUUAUUCAGCAAGUGUUGCUCUAGAAUGGAGAAGUUCCUGUCAGACCUGGAGGAGAAUGCAGUUCAGCUGGACAAGAUGAAGAUGGGGGCCAGUAUCUCCACUGUGGCUGGAAGUUCGGUUGGGGUGGCAGGGGGUAUUUUGUCCAUUGUUGGUCUUGCUCUCGCCCCUGUCACUGCAGGAGUAUCAUUGGCUCUCACUCUGACAGGUGUCGGUCUGGGCGUGACCAGUGGAGUCAAUAGCAUAGUCACAGGCAUCACUGAAGCAGCAGUCAACUGUCACCAUGGGAAAAAUGCACAGAACAUUUUUCAGAGAUACAUGGAUGAUGUGGGGAAGAUUUUAGACUGUCUGGAGCAGGCCGGUAGUGAGGAGCAUAUAGAGGAACCUAAUGUUGUGGAUAUGUUUAAAGCAGGAAAGUUGAUAGCUUGUGCAGGAGGUGUGGCCAAAGGUAUUGAUGGUUUGGUAGAUGCAGCUUCAGCUGUUAAAAUACUCAAAACUGACGAGGUGAUUGCUACUGCAGCAAAGGUCGGGCUCCAGGAAGCACAAAGUGCUCGUAGCAUUCCCAAACUGGCAGCAGACCUUCCCGACAUUGGCCAGCUGGCAAAAGGGACGCCACUAGCUCUCUCAAAGUCUGCUAGAGCUGGAUUCAUCACUCUAAAUGCCCUCUUUAUUGGUUUAGAUGUGAUUUUUAUUUGCAAAGACAGUAUAAGUCUGGCCAAAGGGAGCAAGAGCGAGGCCUCUCUGCUUAUCCGCUCCAGAGCAGCUCUAUGGAAAUCUGAACUGGAAGCCUGGCAGAAGAUCCAUGAUUCCUUAUGCAUAGGAAUUUGGAGGUUUAGAAAGAGUCAGGAAGUGUUGGAGCAACUUUUUCUUCCUUAAAAAAGCUUUAAAAAGUAUGUUUCAAGAUUGAGAUGAGCAUCAAUGUAUACCAACCGUUAGACCUGCUGUCCUCAAACACUAAUCAAAUGUUCAAUUUUUUUCUCCAAUCUUUCUGGUUUGGUAAUAAUUAAUUUUUGUAAAAUAAAAGCAUUACUGAGAUCUUGAUAUUUGGCACAUGGCAAAUGAAUGUUUUGAAUGAAUGUUUUGGGAGUUAAAAAUCCUUGCAUACUAGUGGAAGUCUGAGCUGAAAACUUUGUGUACAUAUGAUUUACACUGUCAAAUAUCACAUUGAAUUUAUGUGUGCGCCUUAUGUGUCAAUGGCUUAUGGAUGAUAAUGGGCUGUUUAAGUGGCCUGGUUACACCUUAUUUGUAUCACUGUGAAUGUAUCUGCUGUUUAUCACAUGUUAUUUGCUCUUGGGGUGUGACUGUUUCGAUUGCUUCAGUUAAACACUGACAGUAAUAUUUACUUACAACACGUAAUAUUAUAAAAUUGAGUGUAUAUGCAUAAAAGGAAAUUCUGAAAGAUGCAGACUGAUUGUAGCAGUGGAUUGAAAACUAAUUUUGUCAAAGACAAGCAUGAAAAGAAGAAAAUAACAGCUUUUGCAUAUUAAAGGAAUUUUUUAAUACAUUUUAAUUACAAACGGUUUAACUUUUAAAAUGUCACAGAAAACCCCUGGUUCAAUUUAGAAUUGUACAAUUUUAAUUUAUUUUUCAAUUUAAAAUUAAAUCCCCCAAACUGGUAAAAGCAGAGCAGAACAUUGUGGAAAUCAUAUUUGUGCAGUUUUAAAUUGUUUAAAAUUUCAUGAUAUAUUCUUUAGUUACCAUGAUAGAGCCUUUAAAAAAAAAAGGAAAUGUUUGAAUGCAAAACAUUACAACAAUGUAUUACGAGCUUUGAUUUUGUAAAUCAUUAACAAUAAUUAUGUAAAUAAAUAAAGUGACUAAG